CCCAUUCUUCUCUCUCUCAUCCUCUCCACUCGCUCGCUGGCUCACUCACUCACUCAUGGAUCUCACUUCACUCUGCUUUUCUUCUUCACUGCCGAAGAUGCUUCUUCUUAUUCUUCUUCUUUCAGUUUCAUUGUUCCCAAAUUGGGUGUCUUCACUUGGCAUCAACUACGGCCAAAUUGCCAACAAUCUUCCCACCCCUGACGCUGUAGUUCCGUUGGUGAAAUCCAUCGGCGCCUCCAGGGUCAAGCUCUAUGAUGCAGAUCCACGCGUUCUCAAGGCCUUUGCCAACACUGGCGUCGAGUUCAUUGUUGGCCUUGGCAAUGAGUACUUGGCUAAAAUGAGAGACCCCAAACAAGCUCAAGAUUGGGUUAAAAUCAAUGUUCAGUGUCAUUUACCUGCCACAAAAAUUUCAUGCAUUGCAGUUGGUAAUGAAGUUCUUACUUUCAAUGACUCUGUUCUAUCGUCGAAUCUUCUCCCAGCUAUGGAAAAUGUCCACACCGCCUUGGUGAACCUUAAUCUCGAUAAACAAGUUGUUGUCACUACAGCUCACAAUCUGGGCAUUCUUGAAAAUUCUUAUCCUCCCUCUUCAGGAUCAUUUCGUAAAGAUCUAACUCAAAGAUUGACUUGUAUCUUGGAUUUCCACUCCAAAACGGGCUCGCCAUUUUUAAUCAACGCCUAUCCUUAUUUCGCAUACAAGUCGAAUCCCAAACAAGUACCCAUUGAUUUUGUAUUAUUCGAGUCUGAUUCUGGGAUUACGGACGCGCUAUCGGGCCUGCAUUAUGGGAACAUGUUCCAUGCCCAAAUUGAUGCAGUGCAUUCUGCUAUGGAGAAACUUGGCUACAAAAAAGUAUGCCUACAGAUCUCGGAGACGGGGUGGCCGUCGAAGGGGGAUGCGGACGAGGCAGGGGCCACGCUGGAUAAUGCCAAGAAGUACAAUGCGAAUUUGCUGAAGCUGAUUUCAGAGAAAAAGGGUACACCAAUGAGGCCCAAUUUGAAUUUGAACAUAUAUGUGUUUGCUUUGUUCAAUGAGAACAUGAAGCCCGGUCCAAGUUCCGAGAGAAAUUUCGGGCUUUUCAAGCCCGAUGGAACGCCAGCGUAUAAUCUUGGUUUCAAUGCCACAAGUUUGGUGGGUUCGAAUACGACGACGAGCUCAGGUGGUGUCGCCGGCAUUUCGCCAGAGUCGGGGUUUUCGCCGCCGGGAAGUUCUUCCAACGGCUACUUGUCCAUCAGUUCUGACACGGAGCGACUUCUUGUGCAAGGGACAUUAUCAUUUUGGUGCAAGUUGGUUUCACCUAUUAUUGCAUUUCUACUUUAUUAGCCGAUGUUUUGGAGGAUUCAGAGGGCAAUGUCCAGUUUCAACCAAGUGGGGUAAAGUGAAUAAAAGGGAGUUAGGAAAAGGUGAAUUUCUGUUCCUUUGCACUUAUAUGAUAAUAAUGUUAAUUUCUUUCAUUGCUUAAAAUCACAGAAAAGUGCAUCAACACCAAUUUCCACCGAAGAUCUAUGCUUGGCCCUCUUCUGUUUGAUGCUGGCUGCCAAUCCUUGUGAUGUUUAUGUUCAUAUGGCUGUGUUUAGUCUUAGCGAUUUCUUAAUUAUGCUUUUGGGAAAAGGUAGCCAGAUUAUCCAUAUGCAUACAUGGAGCCAUUUAUUAUAAUGAUUUUGAUUGUAUGUAUUAAUUAAUUAGUACUUUGUGCAAGGAAUCGGGAUCUUAGGAGUUUGCGAUCAUUUUGUCCACAAUUACAAUUAUUAUGUUGAAGAUAUGACAAAAAAACCUUAUGAGACA